AUGAUUUCAUUGGGAGGCGGUGAAGAAAUGAGUGUGUUUGAAGCUAUUAAGGAUAGAUUCCAGACUGUUCAACAGGACCUCUCAGUCGGAAUUGGCUUAAUCAAAGGACAUGAUGCUGUUGUCUCCCCUGUAAAAGUCAACACUACUGACAAUGUUAAUUAUAACGCUGGGGCUGAUCUUCUUUUCAAAUACCAGAAAGUAUGGAAAGAUGUUCAAACUGUUAAUGAAGAAAAUGCCAAGAAAGCUGAGGCAGCAGAUCGGGAAAUCCAAAUACUGUAUGGUGAUAUAAAAAAGAAUUGCAACAAUCUUACAGGGUUCUAUCGAGAAGUUAAAAGUCUACCAAGUUUUCUGAGUGUACUCCAGAAUCUGACAGAUUUGCUUGCAUGUUUAGAAGAGAGUUGUGAUACUGUGGAAACUGCCUUGGUACAGUUGGAAGAUCUCAGUGAACAGCUUGAGUUAAAACAGCACAAAAUUGCACAUAUUGAACAACUUGAAGAUUACAAAAAGAGAAAAGAUGAUGACUUAAGAAAGAUGAAAGACCAAAUGAGUCAUGAACACGCUGUUUUAGUGGAGAAACUGGAGAAGAAGAAACAGGAAGUUUUACGAGAGAGAUCAGAAACCUUUGAAGAAGCAUUCCAAGAUGAUUUAAUUUUUUACAAGACACAUGGCCAUAUGGAACGUGUUAUGGGCAAGGAUAUGGCAAAAAAUCUUAAUCUUAGUGAUAUCACCCUUGAUCAUGAUGAGGCAGCACUGGCAGCCUUCCUUGCUUCUACAGAAGUAACCCCUUGUAGUGAACGAGGCCUGCUGGGAGUCACUCCUUCCUCAGAAGUAGCAGGUGACAUUACUUCCCCAUCAGAAACAGAUGUCCUUACUCCGAUGACUCCAGGUAGUGAAUGGACAGCCACAGAUGACCUUUCUUCUCACAGUGACUCUGAAGAGCAACUUUUGCCUGGACCACUAAAAAUAGUUGACACUGUGAAGGUAACAGAAAAGAACACUGACCCCGAAAGCCUUUCACUUCCAUCUCAUGCCACUGAGAAUGAGACUGAAGAUGUGGGGAUCAAAAAUGGUCCAAACUUGUUGACUGCAGCAGAGAAGAUUGAAAAUCCUAAGAGUCAGAAUGCAAGCUGA